UAUCCCAGUUUCCAUGGAGCAUGAAGCAGCAAGGAGUAUCACUACUCCCUCCUGGAUGGGAUGCUAGUUUAUCACAAGGUUAUCCCCCAGCAUUUCAUCAGGCUUCCCUGCCAGUACCCAAUUAUACCUCCUGGGUGGAGAGAGGCAUGGGGAGAGUAAAGUGUCUUGCUAAAAAACACAACACAUUGACCCAGCCAGGCCUCAAACCCAGACCUCUUGACCAGGAGCACAAUGCACUGACCAUUAAGCCAUUGGUUCUCCCUACUGGUACAUGUGCUUCAUCCUUAACCCUUUACACCCUAACAUCAGUGUCCCAGGUGAUUCUAUUGAAUGAGGCAGCACAAAGGGAUGGUGUUCCUUUGCCAGACUUGGUUUCCAGUGCCCAGCAGAUCAGAGAGGCCAUCAAGAGCCUUAUACUGGCUGCUCAAGCAUUGGUCUCUGAAACAACAGAUGAUGAUUUGAAAUCAGAAAUGCCUCCUGCAUGUGAUUCUGUAACAAAAGCAGGGGAUGCAUUGUUGAAGGCAACACAUCAGCUUAAACAGCAGCCAUUCUCAAGCAAAGUGAGGUACAACCUGGUAGACUCUGCAAGAAAUAUCCUUGAAGGAACUAUGAAGAUCUUGCUUGUAUAUGAUCAAGCUGAGGUGCGCAAGAUUGUACGAGCAGCUCACUGGGUAAUGGACAGACUUGCACUAGUAGAGGGUGUCACUUCCAUGAGGAGUCUGGUUGUUAAUUUCAAGGACUUCACAGAGUCUUUGAUGCUCCUGGCAAGCAUGUGCAAUAAAAGGCAGAAAGAGCUGAGUAACCCUCGUCACAGAGACAGACUCUUGUCAGCCAUGAUGGUUCUAAAGAAGUCUGUUGGACUGCUAUCAGCAUCCAUGCAGACAUAUCUAAUCAACACAGCCAAUCUUCAAGCUAAGGCAAGCCGUGACUAUGUGGUUGGUCAAAUCAUGUUGGCGUGUACUGAAAUCAUUAAAACUGUGGAGGCUCGGGAUGAUCUUGGUUGGAGUGUUGAUGAACCUGGUUACAUGGCUGCCACACUAGAAAAGGCUCAUAAGCAGCUGUCUCCCCACAGCAGGCUGGAAGCUGGUAAUGACCUUGACUCUUACCUGGAUGCUAUUGUCCGUAGUAGCAUGGGUGUAGCCAACACUUGUGAAGGAGAAAGAAGAGAUCGCAUUGUGCAGGCUUGUCAGAGUGUUCUCCAAAUGAGAAAUGAACUUGCAGAGCUGCAGAAAACCCUUUUAGCCAAGCCUUUGUCACAGAGAACAAGGCAUAAACUGGACAUGGCAUCUGAAAGGUUAUCAACUGAACUUAAAAGGCUUGACCGCCAUGUUUCCACUGCUGUCGUUGAUCACGUCACAACUGUAUUUGCUGAUGCUGAGCUCCCUGUACACAAUAUGAUACAAGCAGCUACAGCAUCACUCUUGGAUAUGAGUGUACAAAGUCAGGAACAUGCAGUGACCAGACUGAAAGGGAAAGCUGAGGAAUUCCAGAAACAUGCCACAAUGCUGGCAGAGGUGGCCAGACAGUCUGCUGCUAUUUCAGCUGAUGCAAGAAGAGUACAAACUGUCAACAGCAUGGCUGGUGACAUAGAGCAACUUGCCCCACAAUUAGUGUCUGCAGCUUUAAGAGUGAAGCAGACACCUACAGACACAACCUGCCCAGAACAUCUUGGCCAGCUGAGAAGAGACUGGACAGCAAGGAUUCAUGCACUCACUUCUAUGGUGGAUGAUAUAACAGACUUCAAUGACUUUGUUUUGAUGACUGAUUUUAAUGUCCAACAAGAUAUUUCCAACUGUCAAAAAGCAUUGCAACAACAAGAUAUUCACAAGGUGUCUCAGAUCUCCCUUAGACUGCUUGGCCGAGCAAGAAGAGUGACCAUGGUUGCCAAGAAGGAGAUGGAUGUAACUGCUGAUCCAAUGUACAAGGGAAAUCUGCAAACAGCUUGUGGCCAGCUGGAGUCUGUACUUCCAGCUUUUGUUCAAAGUGUUGAAGGAGCCCUGGUAAAUAUGACUGAUGAUGUGCAACAAACCAACCUCUAUAAAAAUUGCCUACUGCUGGGAGAGAUGGUAAAGAUAAUGAAAUCAGCUUUAAAACGGCCAACAGGAAUUAAUAUAGAUUUAACUGACUAUAGCGCUGAACUGACCGGCGCUAAAGGCUUAAGUACAAAGGACAACAUGCUGGAUUUGUUUGAAAUUUUAAGGGGACACUACUCUCCUGCAGCAAGUGACACAACAUCAGUUGAUGAAACAGAUCAACUAGCAGGUCUUGAUAGUGAGCCCUUUGGAGAAACACUUUUGGAGCCUUCUGGUGGAGAAGAAAUCAAAUCAGAGCCCAGAGCUCACCGUAGCAAACUUCCAUUAGAGGCAGAGAAAAAGGACUCUUCAAAAGACAGAUUCCAGCCUGCCUACAGCACCGAUUCUGAAGACUUGCUGUUCAAUUUUUCAGAAGAUGAUGAAAUGGAUAGAAUCAACAGGAAAGCCUUGCUUGGGGUAACUGAGGAACACCAGGAUGAGAAUUUGUGGGCAGUAGGCUCUGUUCGCCCCACUAAACCGUCCCAGACCUCUCGCGCACCCGUGUCUAGAUUACUGAAUGCUGUGAAGGCCAAAGACUUUGACUUAGCAGAGGUGGAACUAAGGAAAGUGGAAUCCAGAGCCUCUGCGCUGAGUAUGUUGGCGAGCACGUCAGCAGACAAAGCACGGAAUUUGGAGAGAGUGAGACGUGUUCGGGUCUGUGCAGGAGAGAUCGAAAAACUCACACCACUUAUCAUACAAGCAACACGUGGUAUUAGAGAUGAUCCACGUGACUUAGUGACUGUUGAGCGACUUCAGACUAUUGGUCGAGAAUGGGCUUCCAAAGUGCAUGUGCUUUCUGGAACUGUUGAUGAAAUUGUUGUGCCGUGGUCAGCUGCGGCAUCUAAACUCGCCCUAGCUGCCACCUCUGGUGAUGCAGAGCAAUUGAAAAAACAGGUGGAUAACAUAAACAGACAUGUGGUCCGCCUCAGGCAGCUGGCUGUGGCAGCCAAAGCUGCAGGGGAUGCAGAAGAGUACGCUAUGGAUGCAGGGAAUGAAGGUGAAGCCCCUGCGCGUGAUCCAGCCUCUCUGCAGCGUGUUGAGCUUGUUCAGAGGACAUCAGUAGAGGUUGAACGAAUCACACCUCAGCUGAUUACUGCUGCUCAGGCACUCUCAAGGGACCCGGCAGACAUUGCAAAUGUUGAACGACUUGAACUUCGGAGGAGGGACUGGGCGUCGAAAGUUCACAGUCUUGUAUUUGCAGUGGAUGAUGUCACUGUUGGUACUUCUGCGCCCGUGGAACAGCUGGCAGCGGUAGCCAUGGCAGGCGAUGAGCAUGCAUUACAAGAAAACUCGCGCAUGUUAACGUCAUAUGCGCGAACUCUUAAAGGAAUGGUUGAUGCGGCAGUAGCUGGAUGUAAUGAUCCCAAGAAAAUUAGCUUAGCCAAGGGAACAGUCAGUUCGAUUGACAAGGUGACCGCUGACCUCCAAGACACGUCGCGGUUAGUGUCCGAGAUGGCAUUGCGAGAACACAAAACAUUAGAGCAAAGUUUGUCUUACAUGGGGGUGGUAGAGAGGAUGAAUCUUCUUCAAAGGGAGUGGGCUACUAAGGUUCAUUUGCUGACGGCUCUUAUUGACGACUUAACGGCUGAAGCCUCGGCACCAGUCGAUCGUCUGGCCGGUGCUGCCCUCGCUGUGAGCAAAGCAGAACUUGGCGAAAGAAUGGAACAACAGCGUGACUUCGAGAUGCAGGCUGAUGAACUCAAAGCACGAGUUGCACGUGUUAGAACACAUGCCAGUAAAGCUGUGGAGAAUUCUCGCCAUGCGAGUAAAGUGAGGACAGUUCGCGUGACUGGGGACUUUAUUGAUAGACUCACGCCACAAGUUAUUGCUGCUGCACGUGCGCUAGCAGACAAUCCAGACCAGCCGACUGUGGAACAUUUUCAGAUGUUGAGGCGUCAAUGGGCGUCUAAGGCGCAGCUUUUGAUGGCGACGCUUGAUGAACUUCCAGAUGCUGACAACACAGCCGUGCAAGAUGUUUUCCAGGAUUUAUUAGGCAUAUCACAUAUGGAUCCAUCCCAGAGUUUUGAGUCUCUCAAUGAAGAAGAGACGGGAGCUAUCGCGGGCUCAUCCCGUUGGCCAUCUGUAGCAAAGCCUGUCCCCUCUGAGGAAAGUAUGUUACGAUCCUCCGACCCCUCGAGGAGAGAGUCAGGAGAGGGGAGCCAAUCACCAGAGAUCAGCUCUUAUUUCGAUGACAUGGCUCUAUAUGAUGGAAAUGAUUCCUUGAAGAGAAGAUCUUCGUUUUCCGACACGGACAGUACUCCAGAAGUGCGCCGACUGCGAGGACCCUGGGGAUCUGCCAGUGAAACAGACCUGAUGAGAAAAGCCCUUGUUGAUGAGCUCCACCAACGAUUUUCCUCGACUGAGUCUCUGAAACAGAGAAGAACGAAGACUCGGUAUAGAGCCGCGAGUGUCUCAGGACUUACUCGAGGUGACUCAUCCGAAUGGAAAUCAACAUCAAUUGAAGAACUAAGGGCGAGGAAAAGCUCCAAGUCAAUUGAGCUGGCAGCUCAACUCCUGCAAGAAGAAACAGAUAAAUGGGAGGAAGAAAACAAUUCCAUUGUCAAGGUGGCCAAAGAAAUGGCGCAGCAAAUGCUUCACAUUGCUAAAUUAGCUCGAGGACGAAAUCGAAUUCAGAACAAAAUGGAAUUGAUCAACACCGCAAAAGGUAUCGCUUCCAACGCCAAGUUUAUCCUCAAGUUUGCUCACGUUAUCGCUGAACAAUGUGCAGACGAGAGAAGUAAGAGUGACUUGCUCUACUAUGCGGAAUACCUGCCAACUAUCAGCACACAGCUGAAGAUCAUAUCGUCUGUCAAAGCAGCCACUCCCUCGGACAUUUCGGCGGACGCGAUGCUCGUAAAAAACGCACAGAAUCUGAUGCAAGCUGUUGUGAAAACCCUAAAAGCAGCUGAGGCGGCUUGUGUAAAGGUUCUGCAUCCUCCUGAGCAAGACGCUUCGUCCGAUCGCAAAGAAGCUGUUGACAUCGCCUUUCAGUGGAGGAAGAAGUUAAAAAGGCAGCGCGCCUUCGAGGCUCUGACUGCACCACGUGAUCAGCUGGGCCUGCGCAGACGGGAGAGAAACAGUUCCACGCCCUCUUUGGCAGACAUCGUUCAUGUGUAGCACAUGUGCAAUUUGAAAAUUUACUGUAAAUUGUCGAACCAGGAAGCUAGUUUGUAGUGGUUUUUGUUUUAGAUGAAACACGUGUAAAUACUUUGAGUGAGUGAGUGUCUGUAUGCUUUUGGACUUCAACGUCUUUGUCUUUAUGAAUUAAUAAAAAAUUUUCAUCUACAAA